AUGUGUAAUUUUCCAAGAGAUCCACAGCGAUUACGUACGUGGCUGAUAAAUUGUGGAAUGGAAGAUAAAACCUUUAAUUAUUGUGCUGCAUUAUGCGAGUUUCACUUUAUAGCUGAUAUGUGGGAAGAUGAUGGAUCAAACAAAAAAUUAAAAUCGUCUACGGGGCCAACAAUAUUUGGUGAGCUUGUGAGACAGCAAAAGCAUCAGAAAAUCACUAAUGUGUCAACAGUGUCUACCGAAAUUGAAGAAGAAAGUAUAUCGAUACUUACCGUAUCGGUAAAUAAAGAAGUGAAGAUAAUACAAAACGAAUUAGAAAUUACAAGAAGUCCAGCAGCAAAUGUUUCCGACAGGGAACAGACAACACUCAACACAGAAACUGAAAAUUAUGGUCCAGAUGCUACCAGGAACAAAAUUUUACACGAAGAGAGUCACAUUGUAAUGGAUAAAACUACUGAGGGUCAAAUUGAACAUGGGUCGACUACUUCGGACAAUUCCAGAAUCAUUGAACGACUGCAAAAACAGUUACAACAGUCAGAAAGGUUAAGGUUUGCAAUGAAGAAGAAGCACAAACGUCUGCAAAGAGGAUACAGGAAAAAAAUUGAAAAAUUGCAAGAAGAAGUUGGAAUGGAAACAGCGAAAAAUUUUACGUCCAGCUGUGACUUUGAUCAUGACCUUGACCAUGCCCUUGAAGGUCAGUUCAAGGUCAAGUUGACAUUGUCAAUGGAAAUUCCUGUAAAUUUUCCUGUAAAUUGGUAUCUAGGGGUUUUCGGGGUCGCUGAUUACGAUUUUGAAGUCGAUUUUCAAAAAUUCAAGAUGGUGGAUCCAAUAUGGCUGAAAUUUGAUAAAACUAUUGAAUUUUCCUGCAAAUUGGUAUCUGGGGGUUUUCGUGGUCGCUGA